CUCCUUGUUGUUUUCACUGGUAUCUCUCCGACAAGGGAUCGUUCAAAGAAAGGAGCAGUGAAUGAAACCCUACUUUACGUUUUACGGAUUCGUCCUCUCCCCCCCACUCGUCUGAUGCUCGUCGAGCCCUAACGAUCUGAUCGGCGAUCCCCUUCUCCAGCAGAUAUCGACCUCGUCGUUUAGAUUUUUUAGCUCACGAGGGUUUUUGCGGUGUAAUUGUUGGUGAAAUAGCCGAUGCAUGAUUUUGUAGAUGCCUAAAAGAUGAUGAGCUUAGCUAGGGUUCGUUACAAGGAUUGACAACACAAAACCCUAAUUGUUUUUCCUGAUUAGUGUUUACGAGUAUCGAAUUUAGCACUGGGAAGAUGCUCCUCGGCACAUCCGUUCAGGUUUUUGCAUCUAAACCCUUGUUAGUACCAACACCGUUGACCUCCCCGGCAAGCCAAUUUCAGAACUUUGGCCCUCAUCUUCCCCCAAAACCCUCGAAGAGGAAACUUAUUACUCCGAUAAAGGCAAGUUCUUCUGGUUCUAGCCAUAACCCAUCACCUUCCCGAAAAGGAAACAACCCGCUUACACUCAUUCUCGAUGUGCCGAAGGCUUUGUGGCGGCAGACCUUACAGCCGCUAAGUGAUUUUGGGUUUGGUCGGCAGAGCAUAUGGGAAGGAGGGGUUGGGCUUUUUAUGGUGUCGGGGGCGGCUCUUCUUGCUCUCACUAUAGCAUGGCUAAGAGGAUUUCAGCUGAGAUCGAGGUUCAGGAAAUAUCAGACGGUUUUUGAGUUCUCCCAGGCUUGUGGGAUUUGUGUGGGAACGCCUGUUAGGAUUCGCGGUGUGACGGUGGGAAGUGUGGUUCAGGUUGACUCAUCGCUAAAGAGUGUUGAUGCAAUUGUUGAGGUUGAGGAUGAUAAAUUCAUUGUACCUCGAAAUUCGUUGAUUGAGGUGAAUCAAUCGGGCCUUCUGAUGGAGACUAAAAUUGAUAUUACUUCAAGAGAUCCGCUUCCCACGCCUUCUGUUGGCCCGCUUGACCCAGCUUGUGUUAAAGAAGGUCUUAUCGUCUGCGACAAGGAAAGAAUGAAAGGACAGCAAGGGGUUAGCUUGGAUGAAUUAGUUGGAAUAUUCACCCGUCUUGGACGAGAUAUGGAGGAAAUUGGUGUUACCAGAAGUUAUAGAUUGGCUGAGAAAGUUGCUUCCAUGAUGGAGGAAGCGCAGCCUCUCAUCGCAAAGAUUGAAGCCUUAGCUGAAGAUAUUCAACCUUUGCUUGCUGAGGUUCGCGAUAGCGCUCUUCUAAAGGAUGUGGAGAGCUUAACCAAAACUCUAGCCGAAACAACCAAUGAUUUGAGAAAAGUGCAAUCUUCCAUUCUUACCCCCGAGAAUUCUGAUCUGGUCAGGCAGUCUAUUUUCGCCCUUAUAUUCACACUGAAAAACAUUGAGAGUAUCACCUCCGAUCUAUCUGGUUUCACGGGUGAUGAGGCUACAAGGCGGAACUUGAAGCUGCUUAUUAAGUCUCUCAGCAGACUUCUGUAGUCAUUGCAGGUUAGUCAAUCUAUGAAGCAGUGAACGAUUUUGUGAAGUGAUACCUCAGAUAUAUUUUUUAUUUUCAAUUGAAGAUAAGGGUAAUUAUUUUCAGAUUGUUUCUUCGUUAAA